CAUGUCAGCUAGUGACAGUGUUGUGUAUAUAUAUACCCAAUGUAUAUGUAUACAUCUAAAAUACGAAUAUAGAGAGUAGUGAAGAAACAAGUAUAAUCAAUUAGUGAGAAUGAGAUCAUCAUCAGUAUUUUUAGUUGCAGCAAUUUUAGUGAUGGGCUUGUGUGUAAAUGCGCAGCUGAAAACCAAGUUCUAUUCCUCUUCAUGUCCCAAAGCAGAAGCCAUAGUGAGAUCAACCGUUCAAUCUCACAUGAAAAAGGAUCCAACGGUGGCUGCUGGCUUACUUCGUCUUCAUUUCCACGACUGUUUUGUUCAGGGGUGUGAUGGUUCGAUUCUGUUAGAUGGGUCCUCAUCCGAAAGGAGUGCAAGAGCAAACACAGGGCUAAGAGGGUUCGAAAUGAUUGAGGAUGCCAAGGCCCAGCUAGAGGCCUUGUGCCCUGCUGUCGUUUCUUGUGCUGAUAUACUUGCUUUAGCUACUCGUGAUGCUGUUGACUUGAGUGAUGGGCCAAGUUGGUCAGUUCCAACAGGGAGAAGAGAUGGAAGAGUGUCUUUGGCAUCCCAAGUGACUACUUUGCCAUCUCCUUUUGAUACUGUUGAUGUUCAACUCCAGAAGUUUGCAGCCAAAGGCCUUGAUGAUCAUGACCUUGUCACACUAGUUGGGGCUCAUACACUUGGCCAAACUCAUUGCAUGUUUGUAAACUACAGACUUUACAACUUCACAAAGACAGGAAAUGCUGACCCAACUAUAGACCCAUCCUUCUUAACUCAGCUCCAAACCUUUUGCCCCAAAGGAGAAGACUCAAAACUGGUGUCGUUGGACCCAGACAGCCACACCAACUUCGAUGCUAGCUUCUUCAAAAACGUUCGUGAUGGCAAAGGUGUUUUGGAGUCUGACCAAAGACUUUGGGGGAAUGAUGAUACUCGUCCUCUUGUCCAGAAAUAUGCAAGCAGCAUUAGAGGCUUAUUGGGUUUUAGAUUUGAGUAUGAGUUCUCUAAAGCUAUGGUCAAAAUGAGUAGUAUUGAGGUCAAGACUGGUACUCAAGGAGAGAUUAGAAAGACGUGUUCUAAGAUUAAUUAAUUAAAUCAUGUUAUUAUAAGGUUAUCAUUAUUAUCUGUUUUGUGGGUUCUUAAUAUAAUAAUUAUCAAUAAAAGAAGUAGCAACAUAA